CUCCAUUCCGCAUCAUAAUAUCUUUGCCCACGUGCGGAACGGAAAACGGAGAUAUUAUUUAGCAAAUUUUGAAAGGGGGUUUGUAGUGUGUUCGCCAAUUUCCAAACUGAAAUAUGCUGGCAGAGCGGAGGUACAAAGCUCAUUAUGUUCUGAAUCCGCGAAACCACUCCUGGACCGCAGACACAGAUAAUGUCGGCAAAAAAUUGAUGGAGCGUAUGGGCUGGAGUAAAGGCAAAGGGCUCGGUCGAGAGGAGCAGGGUACCACUGAGCACAUCAGGGUAACCUAUAAAAAUGACAACAAAGGAAUGGGUUACACCGGACCUGUUGAUGAUCCUGUUCUGCAUCAGAACGCCUUCAAUGAGCUCCUCUUGCAGCUGAAUCAGGAAAAGGAACCUGUCCCCAUCAAGCCAGAGAGUUUAAGCUCUCUAGAGAAACGUUCAGAGAGCACAAGACGCCGUGUGCACUACAAAAAGUUCACCAGAGGAAAAGACUUGAGUCGAUACUCUGCAAAGGAUCUUGAGUGCAUAGUCGGAAGUGGAAUCAAGAAGAAGAAGAAAGAAGAGCCAGAGGCAAAGGAAGAGAUUCCGAAAACAGAAGACGAAGGUCACAGUCAUGGAGUAGAGACAAUAACUGGAGGACUGAUAGCCGAUUAUUUCCGCAAGAAAAUGAUAGAACGCGGUCUGGCUACGCCUAAGGUUGAGUAUGAGAAGGACGAGAAGGAUCAAGACUUUGGAUUUGUCGGCUUUAAAAUGAAUGAAGAGGUUAAGCAGGAGGUUGAAGCAGAGUCGAAAAAGGAAAGCAAGAAAAAGAAGAAAUCCAAGAAGCUCAGAGCUGAAGAAACUGAUGCGCCAGAAAACCUAGGAAAGACCACGUUUGAAAAAGAGGAACCAAAUUUCGCGUUUGUUGGAUUCAAAAUGAGUGAGGAGCAAGUUGAUCAGCCUGAGUGUAUUAAUCUUAAAAAGAAGAAAAAGAAAAAGGCUAAAAGUGAAAAUUUGGAAAUACCUGAGCAUGCGAAAAACGUAAUUGAACCAGAUACUUUGCAGAAAAAGGAUAAAAGAAAAAAAUUGAAAAGAAAAGCUGGUCAAGAAUCCAUCGAUAAUGUUUUGAACUCUGAGGCAGAGCUUCAUAUAACGAAGAAGAAAAAGAAAAACAGGAAUAAAACUUGUCGAUGACAAUCUUCGUGUUAAUAUUAUAUAUUAUACAUGUUAUACAAAAAAAUUGAACUGUAAUAAAAUUCUCCUGAUCCUUACGAAAAAUGAAACUCUUCAAAAUCUUUUUUCACGAUUACUGAAAGCAAAUUAAAAUCAUGGUUCAUUGUGAGCACAAUUGGCUCCCAAGUUUUGAUUGGGAAUAUUUAAUUAUGGUAGAUAUAAGGAUACACGAACAGCUCUACCCUCAAUGCCUUCCUGGAUUUAUUUAUGUCUUGUCUGUGUCCUCAGUUCAUUUAUACAAAUUCAAGAGUUUUUAACCUAAUUAGGUAAUUCGAUCCAGUGUGUAAAAGUAGCAACUUGAUCUGGAAGCAGUUGUUUGUUUACAUGAGAUAAAACAGCGUAAUGGUGGUGACGGAGGAAGAGCGAUCAAGAAUGAGAACACUGGAAACUAGACCUUGGUCCCCUCGGUUCAUAGCCAAUUCCUUAACUGGAAAUUCAAUUAUUAUAAUUUUAAUAUUUACAUUUCUUUUUUUAAGUCCUCGUGAGGUAACAAAAAAUGUUGUCUAGUAUUCUUAGUUGUCUUGCUGGACGAUUCCCAACUGCGAUUUUGGUUUUCAAGCCCAAACUGAUAAAUAUUUUCAAGGCAAUUUGAUCAUUUAGGAAAUUCAAACAACCAUGUUAAGUGGAUUAUUUAUAUCUUUAUUAUUGAUCUCUCCACUUAUAUGCGCGUUCUAAUCAUCAUAGUCAAGUUCAUAUCGUGAACAAUCAUCACAUAGCAAAAUCAUCAUCUGCUUUCCCAAACUAAAUCCUGCCUAAUAUACAACUAGAUUGCAAAUAAACGAGUCACCUUGUUUAAGUUUUAUCGGGAUUUUGGCCAUUGCAUGGUCCAAGUGCUGACAGCUGAUAUUAUUUGUUUUCGAACAGGGAGAACAAGAUCGGAGGGUUUAAUUGUCUACUAUCUAAGUAUCAAAACUGAAAUUUGAAAUGCACAUCAAGUGCUCAUCUUUGCAUUUAGCAGGUACACAAACAAUAUUUCGUCCUGGUGCUGG